UCUGAUGAACAGCUUUAUUGUUUGUUUGUUUGUUUGUUUUUAAACAACAAUAAUAAUUGUAGUUCUUUGUAAACACGGUCUCGGUUCUGGUUCCGGCUCUCUGUAGCUCUGGAGCCUUUUACACUGACAGCGGCGCUGAUUCGCGGGAACUUUCCGCCUCCGUUCACACACUGUCUGCGCCGCUCCGACCCACAGCUGCUCCGCCCUGUUCACCGGGACACACGCCGAACGCACAGCACGACCCGGACCCGACCGGACCGCCUGCAGCUCGGAUCAGACCGGCUCAGAGAUGGACAGCUACCGUCUGUCCCUGCAGUAGGACAGUUAUGGACGCCCUGUUCCUUGCAGGCCAAGGACACGAAGACCGAUCCGGACUCCAUAUUUGUCGUCAUGGCCUCGCUGAGUGGAAGCACACCGGUUGAGACUCUUCUGGCAGCGAUCCAUCUGGAGAGGUACCUGGACAUCUUCCGGCGAGCAAGUCUCCUAUUGGCUAGAGACUUCACCCACCUGGAUCAUGAUGCAUUGGUCAGUCUUGGCGUAACGGCCACCGGACACAGGAAGAGAAUUCUCCGGUUGGUCAGUUAUAUCCAGAGGACAGAAGGUCAGAGAGCCAAUCAAAGCACUGAUCUUCCACGUGACCGCUGUCAGUCAGUGACAGGCGUUUGUUCAUCAGAUCGAGGUCGAGGUGCUGCGCUCUGUCAGUCGACAGGACCUGUUGCCUUCGAGGCGUUCAGGAACAGUUCAGCUCCAAACCUUGCUGCCAUGCUGACGAACACUGAGGGUGUCAGGACAUCAGUGAAACCAGUUCCCAAACCCAGAACCGUCUUCAACCGCCGCAGGACUACACCCAUCCACUUCUGUCCGACCCCAGACACCGCACCGCCCCCGCACAGGAGGCUUUCCCAGGAGUCUAUCUGUUUUGCUGCAUUAGAGGGCCUGACCUUGGGGGACCCGCCCACUGCUGAGAACAGUUUGACCUCUGACCUUCGAUCUCGCCAGGGGGCAAGGACAAAACCCAGUCGCAGCCGAUCUCUGUCCGAUGCUGGAGGUGUGUUACCUCCUGUUCCCCCAAGGCUGAGGCUCCUCCCUUCGUCCUCACCUGGAAGGACUGAGCAGAACCAGACUUCCUGUCAUAAUAGUCUGGACAUCAUUGAGCUUUCUGGCUCCUCGCCAUCUGGCUCUCCCAGAGGAGGGACAAUGGAGAUGGUCUCUAACGAGAUCUACUGGGGCACUGUACCCAGUUCCACUGCCCCCAGUGGAAGGAGGAACUCCUGCAGCCAACAGUCAGCUCCUCCAACUGCACCCAGACAGACUCCUCAGAGGAACCCUGAGAGAAACCCUGAGAGGAACAGUGGCAGCACAGGAAGUAACAACUCUUCAGGAUCAGUCCGAGCCAGUGUGUUGUGUUCAGCAGCCUCGACAGACGACCCUGAGGACGAGAUCAGUCCAUACUGUGAGACAGUCUUCCAAACCAGAGGACAUCCCAACAACAGCGAGAGUGAAAGAAGCAGAGUGGAGGGACGGGAGGCGAGGCGGGAUGAGGAGAAACAUGCAGAGGAUCAUGGUUGUCACCGGUUCUUGUGGACGAAGCGUUUGUCUCAGGCUCUUCACCCCGGAGACUCUCAGGGUUACAGCACAGUUGGAGAUGCCCCAUCCGCCCCACGCUGCCUCUCUCUGCCCCCCCACCCCUUCCACUUAGAGGCCGAUGAGGACCUGACCAUCUCCCCCUACGCCAGCUACACCUCGCUGACCGAGAGAGCACCACCCGUCAUCAGCGGCUGGCUGGACAAGCUGUCUCCACAGGGGAACUAUGUUUUCCAGAAACGCUAUGUGAAGUUUGAUGGCAAAAACCUGAUGUACUUUGGCAGUGAGAAGGAUAUCUACCCGAAGGGCGUGAUCCCAUUGGCUGCCAUCCAGAUGACCCGUCCCUCCAAAGACAAUAAAUUUGAAAUAGUGACGAGUCAGCGGAUCUUUGUGUUCAGGACUGACAAUGAAGUGCUGCGACGGCGUUGGGUGUCCACGCUACAGGAGCACGUCAGAGAUCAGAUGGUGUUCGGGCGGCGGCGGUUCGGUCCUGGAUCUCACUGCCAGAAACACGGAGUCCUCGAACUGAAGGGAACUAAAUCCAAAGUUUAUGCCGCCAUCAAUACCGACCAGAUUUGGCUUCACAAGAGCGAGCAGUGUUUUCGAAACGGGAUCGGCAUCACGGUGAUUGAAGCUCGAGGAGCGACGAUACGAGACGGAAAACACAAGAGCUUUGACCUUAUUACUCCGUACAAGACCUUCAGCUUCACAGCAGAGUCGGACCGCGACAAGCGGGACUGGAUGGAGGCGCUGCAGGAGUCCAUCGCAGAGACGCUGUCGGAUUAUGAGGUGGCCGAGAAGAUCUGGUCCAACCGAUCCAACAGAAUAUGUGCUGACUGCAAAGCCCUGAACCCCGACUGGGCUUCUAUCAACCUGUGUGUUGUCAUCUGCAAGAACUGUGCAGGGCAGCACAGAGGUCUGGGGACGAUGGUCUCUAAAGUUCAGAGUCUGAAACUUGACACCAGCGUUUGGAGCAACGAGAUCGUCCAGCUGUUCAUCAUGCUGGGGAACGACCGGUCCAAUGACUUCUGGGCAGCUCGUGUGUCUCCUUCAGACGAGCUGGACUGCGACGCUCCGCCCGAGCAGAGGAGGGAGUUCAUCACCCAGAAAUACAGAGAAGGUCGAUACCGGCUUCCCCACCCCAAGUUCUGCAGCCAGGAGGAGCUGCUCAAGGUCUUGUGUUCAGCUGUCUCUGAACAGACGCUUCUGAAAACAGUAACUCAGAUUUUCUCGGAGGCAGAGGCGGCUCGCCUCUCCGAUGCCUCCCUCGGCUGCCAGCAGCGCUCCCUGCUGGACUGCUGCCCCACCUCAGAUCCCAGCGUGUACGAUGAGAUCAUGCAGCCUGUUCUGCAUUCGGGUUACCUCUACAAGUCCGGCUCUGUCAACAGAGGAACACUGUCCAGAAAAACCCGAGAAGACUUCCAGAAGUUCUGGUGCUCGGUGGAUCAGUCUCUGCUGCUCUACGAGUCGGAUCGAUCGGCAGAUCCCUGCCUGCAGAUCAACGUUAAAGACAUCGUGUGUCUGGGAGUCAGUCGACCCGACUCCUCCAAAGCCAACAACGGAUUCAUUGACAGGUUUCGUUACACUUUCGAGUUGUAUCUGAGUUCAGAGAAACUUUAUCAGUUUGGUUUGGAAACAGCCGACACGCUGCACAGCUGGACCAAAGCCAUCGGAAAGGCUGCGACGCCACUCAGCUGUCAUUGCCUGCUGACCCGGGAGUUUGAGCGAGUUGGUCUCCUGCGGUACCGGGCCAUGCUGGACCCUCAGCAGUGGAAGGAGGCUUACUUUGUCCUGCAGAAGUCCAACCUCUUUGUCUGCCCCCAAACCGAUGGAGCUGCAGAGGACAUCAUCAACCUGAACCGCCUGCAAGAGCUGAGUAUCACCUCUGAGGUGGAGAACCAGGAGAAGAAAGACAUCCUGGUGUUGGUUGAAAAAGGGAGGACUCUCCACCUGCAGGGCGUUGGCCGGACAGAUUUCUCUCUGUGGUACUCCGACAUCCAGCGGGCGGCUGGCGGUAAAGGAAACACUCUGAGAGAGCAGCAGCUGAGCAGGAACGACAUCCCCAUCAUCGUGGACAGCUGCAUCGCCUUCAUCACGCAGUACGGUCUUGGCCACGAGGGGAUCUACAGGAAAAACGGGGCCAAAUCCAGGAUCAAGUUGUUGAUGGAGGAGUUUCGUAAAGAUGCCCGAAACGUCAAACUGCGGAUUGGAGACCACUUCAUUGAGGACGUGACUGACGUUUUGAAGAGGUUCUUCAGAGAGAUCGACGACCCUAUCUUCAUGGCUGACCUCCACCCUCUGUGGCAGGAGGCUGCUAAAGUCUCUCAGAAGCGUCUGAGGUUGGACCGCUACAAAGAAAUCAUCCGGAGUCUUCCUCGAGUGAACCGGACAACCCUGGCCGCCCUCAUCAGUCACUUGUACAGGGUCCAGAAGUGUGCUGAUCUGAACCAGAUGUGCACCAAGAACCUGUCGCUGCUGUUCGCUCCGAGCCUGUUCCAGACCGACGGGAAGGGGGAGCACGAGGUGAAGAUUGUGGAAGACCUGAUAGACAACUACCUGUACGUCUUCGAUAUCGACGAGGAGCAUCAGACUCAGAUCGAGCUGGAAAUCAGCCUCAUCACUACCUGGAAGGACACUCAGCUGUCUCAGGCCGGUGAUCUGAUCAUUGAAGUCUACCUGGAGAUGAAGAUACCAGAUUGCUGCAUAACGCUCAAAGUGUCUCCAACCAUGUGUGCCGAGGAGCUAACCAAUCAGGUUCUCUACAUGAGGAAUGUCCCGGCCGGAGACAAAGACGUCUGGAUGACAUUUGAGGCCAUCGAGGAUGGACAGCUGGAACGUCCGUUACACCCCAAAGAGAAGGUCCUGGAGCAGGCUCUGCAAUGGUGCAAGAUGGCCGACCCGAGCUCCGCCUACCUGGUAGUGAAGAGAGUUCCUAAAAGAGAAGGCAUCACCAUCCUCACCUCCUAUAAGAGUGAGAUCAUGAAGGUCGGCCUGUUGCGGUGUCGUGAGGAACCUCCGAAGCUCCUCCAGGGAACUCGGUUCCAGGAGAGAACAUUCCAGAUCCGGGACCACAAACUGCUGCUGCUUAAAGACAAGAAGAGCAUCAAACCAGAGAAGGAGUGGUCUCUGAAGUCCAUGAAGAUCUACAUCGGCAUCCGCAGAAAGCUGAAAGCUCCCACCAGGUGGGGAUUCACGGUGAUGUCAGAGAAACACCAGCUGUACCUGUGCUGCAGCGGUGAAGCCGAGCUGUGGGACUGGAUCACCAGUUUCCUCAAAGCUCAGAACGAGGACCCCGGUCCUCCCCUGCUCAGGCGUCACUCCUCCUCCGACAUCUCCAAGCAGAAGUUCGGCACCAUGCCGCUCGUCCCCAUCAGAGGAGACGAGAGCAACAGCAGCAUGCUGUCGGCCAAUCAGACGCUGAGGAAACUCCACGACAGGAGGACUCUCUCCAUGUACUUUCCCAUGAAGGUCCAGCCGGACUCGUUCGAGGAGCGUUCAGAGUCUCCUGGCCUCCCUGAGCCGCUCUACGAGGAGGUUGGAGACUUUGGCCUGCAGGUCCUCAAGUCUCUGGAGACCAGCUUCCGGUCCAGCAGCGCUGCAGAGACCCAGGAGGUGCUGGACCACCCGCCGCUCAGACUGGUUACUCUGGACAGCGGCCAUCUGGACCACGUGAUCGUCCCAGAAGACGAAGUUCGUAGCAGCAGCUCCGAGGAAACUCUGGAUCAGAGCGGCAUCAGCAGCGAAGGAGGGGCUGCAGGAGAAUCAGACGUCCUUCAUCAGCCUGCGGUGAGGAGGAGGCAGCAGCCGCAGGGCGUCUGCACACCGUCACAGGAGCUGCUGCUGCAGGAGCUGUCAUCGGCCUUCACCAAGAAGACCGAGGAGGAGGAGCAGGAGGAGGAGAGGCCGUAUGAUGUCUGAGAAACAGGAUGGAGGAGGAGGAGGCUGAAGACAGCACAGAGUCUGAUGGAGUCAGAGGUCGUCUUUCCUUCAGCGUCCAUCCUGGAGCUUGGACAGCAUCACAUCACAGCAUCUGUUCUGGUUCCCUUCAGUCCGUCCUGCAGCCGUCCUGCCAUCACCUGAUGCAGCAUGUGCACAGUUUGGACUUCAUUAUGAUAUCGUGUCUCAAAGUUUGAGUGCUGCAGAGGAUUGUGGGUCAGAAUGAGCAGGAAAACAUGCUGGAUGGAGCUGAUCCGGGUUCUUCUGGCGUCUGACCCACGUGUAUGUUGACGGAGCAGCUCUAUUCAGACGUAUGGUUCAGUGUGCUGAUGUGGAUACUUCACCGGUCUGCGCCUCACAACAGGAAGCUGAUUGAAGUCUCUUCCAUGUCAGUUGAGACCAAGAGUCUGGAAGGUUUCUGUGUUCAGCUCUGGUCCGGUUUUCAGCUGAAGGUCCUCAAUGUCUUUUCCAGGUGUUUUGACUCAGAAAUUACAGAAAUCACAAGAAAGACAAACAUUUUCUUGAUGAUCUAUUUUACAGAAAUGUUGAGAACCUGGACUCAGCACGUCCACAGAUGUCACCGACCUGGAGAACGUGGAUGCUCCAAACACUAUCGAUAUUCAACUAUUUACACUUUUACAGCCUCAUCAGACGUUUUCAGUCUAACUGUGUUUUGAAGACAACAUGUCUGACCUCCUCUGGUGGGUUUGAACAGCACGUUUCAUUCAAAACAAAUCACCAACAUGACUCCGUUGAUCAGCCAGAAACACGAUCCUGGACAAGCCCCGAAGAAAUGUUGUGGAAAAUGAACAUCAAAUCCGAAUCACUCGAGGCGCCACCUGCUACAGAUGUUUAACUAUAUAUGUGUGUAGCCUCCACAAACUUUAGAACGACAUUAUGACAAUGUUCCACCAUGCUGAAUGUGCAAGGCCUGGCAGGUUUAUCAGACCCCCGUCUCAUGUGUUAAGCACUGGAUAUAAAUAUAUGUAUGUGUAUAGAGAGCAUCCGGCAUCAUGAAGCGCUUUAAUUCAGCUCCUGACAGUUUACCAUUUUGAACAGGAAUGAGGAAUUUCAACCUUAAUUCAAAUGCAAAACAACGAGCGUCGACAUGCUUGUCUGUUGGCCAGUGCAGAAGCAUGAACCAGGAUGCUGGUGAUCAGCGUUGCUGUUUCAACUGAAGCAUAAACCUUGUGUUGGAUGGUGCGGUUGCUAAGCACCGUAUCUCCAACACCUGGCUCCUCUGGUCACUGUUUGUGAGCUGCACUGACCUCAUGGAUCCAGGAGGUCUGGUUUUCAUUGUGCUCUCCUCUCUGCUCUGUGGAAACACCGCCUGCAGUUCAUCUGAAAACUCUGAAUUUGUCACUGAAGAAGUUUUUGCAGGAUCUGGUUGAAGACAUUUUAUAUGAGUCGUGUAGAAUAAAGGUUUUUUGUUUUUUUUUUGUAUGAAAUAUCACAAUUUUAAGUUUAGAAUUGAUCGUUUUUUUCUGAAUGAAUAGAAUAGAAAAAUACUUUAUUUAUCCCAGUCUGGGAAAUUACUGAACUGAACUGCACGUUAUGUUCAAGGACCAUUAGAAAGUAGAAACUCUGAUGAUUCUUUGUGUUUUUACGGUUUCUGGGUGAUAGAUGGAGUCCUUUGGGUCACUUGAAGGUUCUGAGCUGUAAGCAGACUUCAUGCUCCUGAUGUGAAGCUCUCCGGCGUCGCUGCGUGUUGUGCAGAUGAACAAACUGGUGUUCUGACGGUAAAGAUCCAGCUUGAUGUGAAACCUGUACAGAUCCGUACGUGCAGACUCGUGUGUUGAAUCCGGGAUGGUUUCUUUCGCUCGGAGCUGCUCGGUGCCUCCGAGGGAUGGAUAACACUUCUUUAAAUGACCAGCAGGUGGCGGCAAACACUCAGUAAAACAACAAGGACACAACCUGAAGAUCAACAGUGCAGCAGGCAGACUUGAUCUGUGCGUCCGCCAGUCCUCCCAGUACACAGCGUGACUGGUCCCAGUGUGGCUCCGACGUCUGGCUGCUGUGCUCCUGCUUCGUCUGUAUAUAUUCAGUAUGUUAUUCGAUCCUCCGUGUGUGAUGUCGUGUCAAACCAACAGAGCUGCCCUGUGUGUCUCACACGCAGCUGUUUUAACGUUUAACUCUCCAGAAUUAAAGUCCCAGACAUCAACA